AUGAGAUCUCUUCGCUUCAUUUCUGCUGAAGUCCUGGUGUCCCACCCCAGCGUGGCUGUGGAGGGCCUGAGUAGUGUGGCCUACAAUCUUUACCCACUCCUGUUCAAGGCCAGCUACCUGCGGGAACAAGCGGAAGUAACCCGUGCUGUGCUGGGCUGCUGGCCCCUAGAGGAAUUCCGGCUAGAUGUACUACUGGGGCCAAGCACUGACCACCCUGAAGACCUGCGUGACCGGGCCUGCAAGACCUGCCUGGAAGCCUGUGUGCAGGGCCUGGCUGAUCACGUGCUUCAGGGCAGGAGCUGCCGGCUGCAGAGAGCUGACCUUACGGGUAUCCGGGAUGUACAGGUGCAGCGAUGUCCCUGUGGCAAGGCUCUGGGAAGGUGGGGCCGUACUGAGCUCCUGGCGAGGAUAUGCUGCCAACUGCAGGCAGAGGCCUGUGCAGUCAGGCGGCCUAUUGAAGUCCUCGUUGACCUCUUUGUCACUGAGGGCAACUUUGAGAUGGUGGUGCAGGCCCUGAAGCCAGCAGGUCUGGCUCCUCUGCAGAUGCGCUGUCCCUCCUUCCGGGCAGACAGCCUGAGCCCUGGGCAGCUCCUGCAGGUGUUAGGCCUAGCCAGGCCAGGGGAGCUGCGCAAGCUGGAGGUGGUCCACAAUGUGCGGCUACAUGCUGGCCAUGUGCAGCAGCUGUUAGCCCAGGUGGGAUUCCCUCACCUGACUUCCCUCACCCUGCCCACCAAGGCCUUUGACACACCCUUCCCUUGCGUCCCAACUUCUGAGCGUGAAGACUGCCUCCUUGCCUCCAUCGCCAGGGAGCUCAGCAGCAUGACCCGGCUGGUAGAGCUGAGUGUGUCCUUCUCCACGCUGACAGGGAAGAUCCAGACUCUGCUGGGCCCCCUCAGGACACCACUGAGAACGCUGGACCUGGCCAACUGUGCUCUGAACCACGAAGACAUGACCUUCUUGGCAGACUGUAUCCAUGCUGCCCACCUGGAGGUGCUGGACCUCAGUGGACACAAUCUGCUUCAUUUAUAUCCCUCUACCUUCCUCAAGCUCCUGCGCCAGGCUGCCCAGACUCUACGGGUGCUGACCUUGGAAGAGUGUGGCAUCACUGAUAGCUGUGUGGGCAUGAUGAUCCUGGGCCUGAGCUCCUGCCACCAGCUCCAGGAGCUCAAGUUCCUUGGUAACCCGCUGUCAGCCUGCGCCCUCAAGCGCCUCUUUUCUGCACUCUGUGAGCUCCCUGAGCUACGCUGUAUCGAGUUCCCUGUGCCUAAGGAAUGCUACCCGGAGGGUGCUGCUUAUCCCCAGGAUGAGCUGGCCAUGUCCACAUUCGAUCAGCAGAAAUAUGCUGUGAUUGCAGAAGAGCUGCGUGGCGUGCUGCUGCGGGCCAUGCGGGAAGACAUCCAAACCUCCACACCACUCUUCGGGGGUUUUGACCCAGAAGUUCAUGAAACCAGCAAUGAGCUUGGGGCUUUCUUGUUGCAAGCUUUCAAAGCUGCUUUAGACAACCUUUCCAGAGCACUAAAACAAGCAGAGUAGGCCCUUGAAUUGUGCAUUUUAACCAGCUCAGUUGCCCAGAGGUCAAGUCCUGUAUUAGAGCAUAAGGCUGAGAUCUCAGCACCAGUAGCUUCACUGAGAAAAAAAGCAUUUGUUAGUGAAAGCUGUGGGUGUGCCUGUCAAUUAAAGAAACCCUGCCUUCUAAAUGUGCCAUGCAGAGCCCUUGGGUUCAAUUCUAGAACUAGGUGAAGGUGCCACGGCAGAGGUCCAGGAACUGGGGCAGAGUGGAGACCUCAGCUGAUAUCUACUAUGGCAGCCUGAACCCUGGGAGCAGGGUUCACCUGACUCUGAAGCAGAAGGGGAGGAAGUGAGAUCACUCAUCACAGAAUACAAAUAAUAGAAGACCCCAU